GCGUUGCGGAAGAUAUAGGGGUUUCCCAUUAAUAUACAAUUUUCAAUGACUACAUCGUGGUGUACUCAUACUAAAAAUAUCAGGACUUAAUAUUUUAACUAUACUUUUGCGUGCUUUAUGUCUUUUCCAACUAUAAAAUCAAUUAAAUGAGUGAAAUUUCACUUGCUUGAAAAAUGUUGAGAAAUACUACAGUAAAGCAGACCAGCUGUUUGAAUUUUCGACAAUUCAGCAAUUUAGUCGUUUAUGGAACAUCCUAAAUAUUUGUAGAUAAAUAUAUAUCAACAGCAAGGAUUAGGCUAUCGAUUGAGAUUGGGAGUUGCUUCCGAUAACAUUGAAUUGAGAUCCAUUGGUGGUUCAAUCGAACAAGUUCACGCGGAUUUCGCUUCUUUAAUUUUCCUCUCUAAUGUAAUGUUGUGAACUUGGUUCAAGUUGACCAAGUCGAAAUUAUGCGGCAAAGUGCGAUUUUAUAGUCUGGGGCAGUUAACAUGAUGAUAUGGCCGAACAAAGGACGGAAGUGGACGCGCUCACCAUGGAGCCGAUCUCCAAAUUAAGCAUGAUGAUAACAGGGGUUUCCAUUCUAUGGAGAUUUGUUUCCAUCUUUAUCAACUGGAGCCUGGCCUUGGAGUAUUGGAUGGAAGAAUCUUACGGAUACUGUGCAUGGACAGUGGGCUCGAUCCUUGUGCCCAUGGUAGUCACAUCGGUUAUAUACAUUCACAUUUUAAGGGCCGCCCAUUUGGGCCAAGAACGCAUCCUGGACAGAGGCGUGUACUCAAACGCCGUGAUCUCGUAUCUUUUCCGCGAUGGAUACGCCCUCAACUAUGCACUGAAAUAUAGCGAGGCUAAAAAGCGGGAUGACCAAGAGGAGGAGAUAAGAUACUAUCAAAAACUUUUGACGGAAGAGUGCAAUGUUGGCUUCGUACGGCUUUUUGAUUCAUUCCUGGAAUCCGCACCGCAGAAAGUAUUACAACUCGUCAUAGUGCUGCGAUCGAUAAAGGACUUUACUUACUAUCGCCUUAUUGCCUUCGUCGUCUACUUUGGAAACAUAGCGUGGUGUAUCCAGGCGCACAAUCACUCCAACCGCUUGGUACAGCUGGACAAACAUGAUAUUGCGGCAAAGGGUAGAUUUUUGCAAUUUAUGUUCCUGCUUUGUCUUACCGUUUCGAGAACGCUUUGCAUCGCAUACAUGGCCAGUCUUUUUCCCGUGGAAACACUGAUCAUCUGUGCAACGCACGCUUGCUUGUGUGGUUCUGUUUUGUUUCUGGUAGACUCUCCAAUGAUCGCCGAAUCUCGGCUUAUGAACUACCUGUACUGCCUUUGCUUUGGCGUAGUGUACCUAUUUAUUUUUACCCCCGUUAAGGAUUCACCAACCAAGUAUAAAUAUGCAUUUUACCUUACGUUUUGCUUAUUGCAAAACACAUUCGCCUGCGCCCUGUAUAUUCCCCUAUAUCUUUCGAUUGUCAUAAUUGCCUUGUAUAUUAUCGGCAUCAUGCUCAUACUUUUUUACUACUCUAACUGCCAUCCUAAUACUAUACCAACAUAUUUUUAGUAUAGUAAAAAUCUAUAAAGUUUAGUACUUGGAUCGACGAAAUCCGUUCGUCAGUCAUGAGAGAGAGCGAGAGGCAAAUAACCGGAAAAAUAACAGCAAAAUCGAAUACAUUAAUAGCGACAAAACAAGCCAGCUGACUGAGAGUAACUCCGUAACACACACACAGUUUCGAUAAUUACACAAAACUAGAAGAAAUAAACUUUUUACUCUGACGAAACUGUUCGUCGAUCUGAGUACUAGGGUUAUAGCCAAUUUACAUUACAGUAUUUUUUUGGUGGAACGAUGAGAAGACGGUGAAAAAGUGGGACUUUUGGUCAAAAUAAAAUCCACAUGCAGUAAAUUUGCCAUUUCUUUUGCUAAGUUUUGGUUGAAUUUCACUUUGUUUUGAGCACUCGGAAGAAGAAGACGUUUAGCGCAAACGUUGGCAGUGUGAAUUGAAGUUUCACUUCUUCACCGUCUUCUCAUUGUUCUCCCGAAUAAUACUGUAAUUAUUAAUUUAAAAUGACAGUUAUUUAUGGGCUUAUGACACUUUAUUGUUGGCCUCAUUCAUUGCUCAAUUUUUGUUUUAACUAUACGACUUUACGUAAGUGCGAGCAAGACAACCUAUGACGAUUCCAAUAAGCAAUGAAUGAGGAAAAUUGUCAGAACCGAUACCCAACAGUAAAAAAUAUGCACCGGGUUUUGGUAUAAAAAUAACAUUCGAUGAAAUACUACCAGGGCCAAUAACUCAAUGAGCAAAAUUAAAUUUUAAAAAGUUUAAAUUUGCUCAUUUAUUGGAGUUGACGACAAAACGAAAUAAAAAGGCGAGGCUUAAAUGUAUACGAAAUAUAUUUGACCAUUAAAAGGCAACAACUGAAAACCUUGAAAAGUUAAAAUUACAUUUUUGCACGUGGGUUAUGUCGAAAACCCAACCGAAAUUAAUAAAAAAACAUGAAUAUAUAAAAUCAGAAUAUAUAUAUUAAUGGAAAUCUUUAAUGAUCAAUAUGGAUAUCAAAUUUGUUUUUGUGAUAGGCUAAAGAAAUAUGAUUAAGCAUUUUUUGUAAGCUCUAUUCUUACUUUUUUUUCCUUUUUAUAUAUAGUCGCGAAAGAAUUUUCGACUUUUACACAAUGCCAUUAAAUAAGUAGAGGCAGAAAUUUGCUGAAGUACACUUCUAUUAAAAAAAUACAUUUCCAACUAUAUUUACAACCACCUACUCCAAAAAAAUGUAUUGCAAAAAUAAAAAAUUUCCGUUUAAUCCUAUUUGAUUAAUGUUCACAAACGAACGUCUCUAUGCAAUAUUUAGCCGAUGGGAUUUCGGUUCGACUCUAAACUCUUUUCGUGUAACAAUGGGCGUAUUCAGCAAAACAACAUGAUCACUGAUGGAUUUCUUUCGAUAUUUCUGCUGAACACGUAUGAUCACAAGUUAAUGAUUUAAAAAUUCGUCCAUCAUGAUCAGCAAAAAAGGAGUGUACAAAUAGUACGCUACCUUUUCUUGAUACAUGAUACAUAUCUGCUAGCCAACAUCGGUGGUAUGAAUAUCGAUAGGAAUAAACAGAAAAUUUAGAAUGUAAAUAAAACAAAAAUUAAAUAACGCGUAAUGUAUCAUAAGCGUUCAGCAGAACAUACAUGAGCACUGAUUACUGGUCCAUCAGUGAUCAUGUAAAUCUGCUGAAUACGCCUAAUUUGAGUUUUUAUGUCGGCCAUCUUAAUUUCUGUGAACCAGAAGAGUAAUCGAAAGAGAAGUGGGCAAGGCAGCAAAUUGUAUACUGAAUUGAUGAAUGCCAUUUUUUAAUUGGCUUAUGACACUACAUUGUUCACCUCAUUCAUUGCUCAUUUAUUUUUUACUCUAUACGAUUUUUACUAUGACGAUUUCAAUGAGUAAUGAAUGAGGAAAAUUGUCGGAACCGAUACCCGAUAUUAAAAAAAUGUGCACUAGGUUUUGGUAUAAAAAUACCAUUUGAUGAAAUACUACCGGGGCCAAUACAUCAAUGACCAAAAUUUUAUCUAAAAAGUACAAUUUUGCUUAUUGAUUAAAGUUGACGACUAAACGGAAUGAAAAAGCGAAAUGUAUACGAAAUAUUUUUAUCAUUUAAGGGUAACAACAGAAAACCUUUAAACGUUAAAUUUAGCGGGAUAAACACAAUAUAAUAAACAAAACAAUAAAGGUUGAAUUUAACAUUAUAAAGGCAGUGUGACCGUGAUUUUAUAACCAAAAAAAUCGCAAGCAGUAUCCAUAUAUUUGUCUUUGUCUCUGAGCUUCAAUGAAUUCGUCAAUGAAUGAGGCGAACAAUGUAAUGUCAUACCCGUAUUAGUAAUGCACAGGGACUCACAU